GACUUCCUUUCCUUGGAGCCCCUGGAGGGAAAGAGGGCCAGACAAGCCCCUAAAGCCCUCAGCCAUCAUGGCCUUGAAACCCGAAGACUCCAGUGGUGGGUUCCAGCACGGCAACGUGGUGGCUUUCAUCAAUGAGAAGAUGGCCGGGCACACGAAAGGCCCCGAGUUCUACCUCGAAAAUAUAUCUCAGUCCUGGGAGGAAGUGGAGAACAAGCUCAAGGCCAUCCUGGAGGACAGCACAGUGUCCAGUGAGGCCAAAGACGCCUGUGCCUGGAGCAGCCUGGCCCUAGGUGUGCGCUUUGCCCGCAGGCAGGGCCAGUUACAUGGGCACAGGGUGCACUGGCUGCAGGACUUCGCCAAACUGCAUAAGUCCGCUGCAGAGACCUUGGCCUCAGACCUAAAGGAGCUCACAGCACAGCAGGAGAUAGAGCGCAGAGAGGCAACCUUCCGUCUGCAGCAAACACAGGCAAACUUGGCGGAGAUACGGAAGGAAAGGGACCUCCUGAGGUGGAAGCUCCUGCGGGCUGAGCUGGAGUCUUCGCGGGAGCGGGUGCAGGUUGCAGAGGAGCCAGGCUUGGCCACUGCCAGUGACGCUGGGACAGAAGGAGCAGGUGAGGAGGAAGAGGUGGGGGCUGCCACUACUUAUGCUACUGCUGCUGGUGCCACAGGAAGAGGAAGAAGACAGAAAGGUGAAGAAGAGACAGAGGCCACAAAGAACCUUGGUGGAGGCCUUGUGCAUGUUCUUGGAGCUGAGCAGAAAAAUUAUACCUCUGGUGGGCAGAGGGAGGGAGAUGUCAGGUCAGUGGAUACAGCCAUGCUUUAUUUCUCUGGGAGGAUGAAGCCUGGGACCACAGACACACCCUCACCCCUGCCUGUCCAGCUCCCUGCCUCAUUCACAUACUCCUAUGCCUGCCCCUUUUCCCCCUUCCCACCUGCGCCCACACCAACCCCACCAGCAAUAAUGUUCACCCCAGGAGCUCCAUCUCAGAUAUCUCCCCACUGGAGGCCCUCUGAUGUUAACUUGUGGUCUGAUGUGGGGUCCCAGGGAACACGCCCUCAAGAAUCCCAAAGAGACAACGAUCUCCUUCAGCAGAGAAGACCUCCCAUAUUUCGCAGACCCGGGGAUUGGGACUGCCCUUGGUGUAAAGCUGUGAAUUUUUCACGGAGGGAAAUUUGUUUCCGCUGUGGAAGGGGAAUCUGGCUGCAAAACCCCCAGUGAAUUCAGAAAUAGAAUGGAAACAUAUCCCAAUGGGAAAUCAAUUUUCAGAGGGAGGGGGAGAGAUGCGGGAGGGUUUGGGAAGAAU